AUGUUCCGUUCCAACCGCGGGCGAGGUGCUCACAGGUCUCGGCCUCGUAAACGUUCGCAUACGCAGUCGGUGGGCAAUGCCAGUGAGAAACCUCGCUAUACUACCGUGGCUUGCUUCUGCCUUGCUGAUCGCUCCGAGGAAAAGGUUCCAAACACCGUGACAAGGCAGAUAUUGCACAAAGCGGGACUAGGAUUGAAAAAAAUGAAAUUUUGUUUGGAUGACAACGAAUCACAAGUAGUAGAAAAGUUAACCGAUGAAUCUGGUUUCCCGCAGCUAAAAACUUGCGGUGGUUUUGAAAUACUUCAGUGUCUGGGAAACUGUCGAAAUUUAACUGUCGUAAAUUGUGCUUGGUCUAUGCAAGAGUUGAAGGCACAUAUGGGCUCACAAUCAAAAAUGUAUUUGCGACCAAUUCAGAAAAACUUGAGUACGAAGCCUAUCCAUGAUGUACCAACUUCAAAUCUCAAGGAAAUGUGUCAUGGUUGUAAAGAGGAGUUCCCGACUCUUGAAUUGAGAGACCACUUGAAAUACUGUACCCAUUUUUCUUCUUCAUCUGAGUCGGACACUGACAGUCCUGCACCAAUUUCAGAUAAUAUCUUGCAACGUGGUACAACUACUGAUGUGAUAACUUCGGAUAUUAUUCAGCCUGAGACAACAAUUGAUUUGACAUCAACUGCCAUUCAACAAGAUACAACCACUGAUUUGACAACAACAAAUGCCAUUGGACAUGAAGCUACUGAUUCAACAAGUAAAGCAGAUGAUAGUACUCAGCGUAAUCAAGACUUGUCUGUGAGUGAUGUUGUUGGGAAAACUGUUGAUUUUUGUAAAACAAAGAAUGUUUCAAAUCCGGUAGAGAUUUUAAAAUUUUUUCAAAGUAAAAUGGUCACUGGGAGAAAGCUUGAUAUUGAUAAUCCAGCAGAAUGUCCGAAAGGUUCUACAAAUUUUAUAACUGUCAACCGCUCCAAUAUAUUAAUCACUGGUUUUAAUGAAAUUAGCAUUAUGGAAAAUCUGCGAGACACGCUUGAAGUCAAAUUUUAUGACGAG